AUGAGCGUGGCGACAGCGCCCGACGAGUUAGUGUUACAGGGCUAUCUACACAAACAGAGCAAACAUCUUAAAAUUUGGCGCAUUCGCUAUUUCGUGCUCACAAAGAAAGAACUUACAUACUCGACUAAAUCUGGUCGCAAGCCCCGCCUUUUGCUGACUAUGGGACAAAUUCAAGUGAUAGACGAUCAGAAUCUGGUAUACCAUUCAGGUAAUUACGUCUUUCUCUUGCAGACCCGGACGAGAAAGCUGUUCCUGAGUGCGACGACGGAGCAGGAACGCCGCCGAUGGGUUGCAGAGUUACGGUUGCUGCUACCUGAAGCUUAUGAUAAACUGCAUCGGUCGAUUUCAGACUCAAGCAAUGCUGGACAGAAACUUUCCAGUGCUGUUAAGACUUAUCCAAUCAUAAAAAAGUAUCACAAACGCGUGUCUAGAGAGCGACGUGUGGAGCGAAAACGACAACAGCUUCCGAAACUGAAGCGGACGUUUACUGAAGUUUGGUUAAAUGAAGUGUUUACUUGGCCGAGUGGAAGCACACGCGAUGAAGUGCCAUUGUUAGACGCACUUUGCUUUGCAGGUAUCCCAAAAGAGCUUCGUGGGCGUGCGUGGGCGUGGGCACUUGGAAACACGCUUCAAGUUAAUGAAGACUUAUUUCAAAUAUGCAAAGUGCGAGCACAGGCCGUGCAGAUGGAAAUGUCCUUGAAGCGAGAUCUGGAUCAUACCGUGGUUAGAUCGCUGACGAUCAGCUCUGAGAGCGAAAGUGCUAUGCUUGAGUCACCUACCAGAAGUAUGUCGAGUGUAAGUAGUGCAUCAUCUGCCUCUGAGCUCGACUCCGAGGAUAAAGAAGUACCCCGAUCAGAUCGACACGUGAAUGAUAUCUUGGAGGGCACAAAUAAUUUGUCAAUAGCGAAAAGCAAACCAACAAUUGCAGUUUCGUCUACACCAGAUAUAAGCGAUAAAAGCAAAAAACGAAGGUCAUCUGCAGUUUUGCCUGUGCAAAACAUGCUACAGGAUGCCGUUGGGAUCGCCGAAAUGCUCGUUGCCCACGGAGAACGUAGCAUCAAGCUCGUAAACGUUGACAUGCCACGAACUUUUGGGCACCACCCUCUGUUUCAGCCUGGUGCAGAGGGUACUAAGCGCACCACUGAGGUAUUGGAAGCGUACAUUUGCUACCGUCCCGACUUAGGCUAUGUCCAAGGGAUGAGCUACUUAGCGGCAACUCUGUGUUUUCACAUGGACAGCUUCACUGCCUUUAAGGCCUUAGUCGCCCUUAUGAGUUCAAGCCUACUUUUUGACAUGUUUCGUUUAGAAGCGACGCGAACAUUCCAUUAUAUUGACGUGUACAACAAGAUAUUUGAGUACGAGCUGCCAGUCUUGGCCGCGCAUUUUGAAGAAAUCGGUAUCGAUGCACAGAUGUAUGCUGUCGACUGGGCUCUCACACUCUUCACGCGGAGCUUGCCAUUGGAUCUUGCGCUUCGUAUUUGGGACGUUUAUGUUCUUCUCGGUACGCCGUUCUUCUUCCAGGCCAGCAUGGGUCUAUUAUCAUUUUUUCAAAAUUCUUUGCUGGCCAUGGAACCAGAAAACGUCAUGCGACUGCUGCAUACAUUUCCGAAAAACACAUCGUCUAGACAGCUUUUCGAUUCCAUAUCAUCGGACCUUGGUCCUCUCGUGGCUCUAGCAUCGGAACCUCGGAAGGAGGUGGAGGCGGGAUCGACACUUGUGACUGCUGAUAUUGCUGCUGUUGACUGGGAUACGUUGGACCUCCAUUGGCUGACCAUUGAUUGUGGCUGGCAGCAGUGCGUGCAAUAA